AGUGGAAACAUCUCUGACUGACACCUCAGCAAACAUCCAGCAGACAUUUUAAAUCCUCCCAGGGGAACCAUGCAUUUGGCAUAAUGUCAGCUGAGGUUGCGAUUCAAAAGUUGUCCUUUCCAUUCACUUGUGCUGUGCACCUUUCUUCACAAGAUAAGUUGACCCAGAAGGGAUGUGUACAGGUGAAGGCUGUGGAGCCUAAUGAGCUUGAAGAGAAUCAGAUAUCAAGUGAGCCAAGGCCCACCACUGUUUUAGGUGGUCUCCCAUAUAAUGAAACCCAAGCUCAGGCAAGCACAAAGCCUCCUUCAGGGGAAGACGUGUCAGCUGCCCAUGUCUUGGUCUCUGCUGAAGCCUCCCAGGAUGCUGUGGUUUGCAGACGGAGCGUGCUUGAGACUCUGAGGGUGGAGAGUGAGGAUCAACGUCCUGCAGCCAAGAGACAGCUGUCAUCUGAGAGUGCAGCUCGGACCAUCACAGCAGUGAAGAAGAGUGCGGUGAGGAGGGAGGCUGAUGAGCAAAGACACCUGCAGCAGAAAGCACAACUGGGACAGAGGGUGACGCCAUGUGCUGCCGUGGCAGGCAAAAGAAAGCACAGAAAGGACCUCUUCAUCAGCUCAGAGGUCUUCCUCAGACUUGACUCACACGUGAUCAGGGCAGGAGCAGAGCUGAAGGAACAGCGUGUAUACGAUGUAAAGGCCAUAGUACAAAGCAUCACGCAGGGAACCAGGAAUGAGCUGGAGAGACUCCGCGCCAUCUGGGUCUGGCUGUGCAACAACAUUGAGUACGAUGUGAGUGGGUUCCUCGGCCACUCAGAGAAGCUGAGCUCCACAGAAGAGGUGAUAGCAGCCGGUCGGGGUGUUUGCUGCAGCUACUCCAAUCUUUGUUCAGAAAUGUGCAGAGAGGUGGGCAUUAAGUGCCAGGAAGUGCCAGGCCACAGUAAGGGCAUUGGGUACCGUCAAGGCCAGAGCCUCAAGCAUGUGAAAUCGGAUCACCUGUGGAACGCAGUGCUGCUGGGAGGACAGUGGUUCCUGCUGGAUGCCUGCUGGGGAGCUGGACGAGUUGAUAUGGAACAUGAAAGCUUUGUUAAAAGGUUUGAUGAUUUCUAUUUCCUUACCGAUCCUGAGGAGUUUAUAGAUUCACACUUCCCAGAUGAGCAGAAAUGGCAGCUCCUGGAUACGCCAAUCACCCUGGAGGAAUUUGAAAGGAGGGUCUUCAAAACCUCUGCCUUCUUCACCUUGGGGCUCAGGCUGAUAAACCCUCAUCACUUUUACAUUGUUACAAAUAAUGGUGAGACCAACCUAUCCCUCGGAUUCUCCAGGCCAACAACUUUCACCUACGAGAUUACUCAGCAUCAGGACCUUCUUUACUGUGGAGCCUCAGAGCAGAAAGAGUCGAGCAGCUCUUCAUUUGGCUUACUAACAGUCUCCCAUCGGAGCAUGAAGUUGCAGCUUUUGCCACCUGCAAGCGGCUCAUAUGAUGUAAAAGUGUUUGCAAGACCUGAAACAGCUACCACACCUCUGGUUUGGGUGUGCUCCUUCACAGUUGAGUGUCCAGCCCCGAGGGCCAUGGAGGAUAUUCCAGAGAACCCCUUCUUGUCUUGGGGCCUUCAGCCUAUUGCAGGAUCCUUGGGUGUGGCAGGCAGCAGUCAGGGUGGUGAAGUUACUGAAGUAGAUGAAGGUGUGUUUGACCUGGUGUUAAAGACAUCCAGGCCUCUGAUGAUGCUGUGUGAACUCGUCCACCCUCAGAUGGAAGCUGCUGUAGGCAAACGCUGCUUGGCAACGCAGAUCCAGCCAGACAUCCUCACCUGUCACGUUUUGUGUCCCUUGCCUGGUUUCUACCGGCUGUCGGUGUUUGUUCGGGACUAUGACAAAACAGAUGUCAAGUUCCAGAACGCUGCAAACUUCUUGUUGCACUGCAAAGGGAAGUUUAUCAGCCCAGAUGAGCUGUUCCCUCCUAACCUGGGCUCAGCUUGUGGACCGGGGACCCGGACAUCGGAAGCAGGGUUGUCCAAAUUCAGCCAUAACAGUGCCGUGGUGAGUACCCAGCAAGGCAAAUGUAACAUCACCUUCCACAACCAACGGGAUCUUGAGCUUCACUGUGUGCUCAACAAAGAGGAGCAGAAAACAUCAGGGAUUCCACUUUCACGCCAUUUGUUCUGCACAUACACAGACAGCAAGGUGACGAUCAGCGUUAGCCUACCCGAGGCGGGAGUGUAUCGGCUGGGACUGUACGCUGGGAUCACUCCUGGUGGAGAUUACAGUCCCAUGUGUGACUUUAUUCUGAGGAAUAGCUGUGCUCAUCUGAGGCCCCUGUUUCCCUGCGUCUACUCUGCCUGGAGGAAAGGCUGCGUGCUCUUUGAGCCUCGUUUGGGCUUGCUCGAGCCCCUUUCCUGGGUCCAGUUCAGGGUGCGGGUUCCCGGGGCCCUGAGGGUAAGUGUGGUGGGAGAAACACGAACUGAUCUGAAACUGAACAAGAGCAGAGUCUGGGAGGGGGAGGUUUUUAGUGGAAAUGGUCUCCAGGAACUGAAACUGGCAGCCUGUUUGGGUGAGUCCAGUGACAUGGCAGUUUUGAUGACUUUUGACAUAAAGCAGCUGGAGAAUGAAGGGUGAAGCCAAACAGCUGCUUCUGAGAAGGACUAACACAACUCAGUCUGCGGUUGAAAAUAACUCAAACUGUGGGCUGCGAUCUUUCAAAUGGACUGAAAAGCUAAUGCAAACAGAGUCCUGGAUUAAAAACUAUGUAAACUUUGGUACAAAUAAAUAAUAAAAAUGCAAUGAUUAAUUGUAGAGAAAUCUGCUGAAGUUGGGGUGAUGUACAAACAAUUCACUAUAAGGAGGCAGAGCGCUCUCAGAUGUGGAAUCUGGGAGUUCUGAUAGGAGAGCUAAGCUAUCAAAACACAAGCAUUUCCCAACUAUUUAGUGGUUGCUACAGAUACUGAAGUUUACACUGUGCCACUUAUGCAUCACCUAGUUCUGUAAUUAGUCACUAUUUCUCAACCACAGAACAUCUGUGUAGCUCCAUGUCAAUGCAUGCAUGGUAGCUGUCAUAUGUAUGCUAAUGAUAAAGCUAAACAGCUUAAUGACAGAAGGUGACAGCAAAUGUUGCACCACAUAUGGGCGGACAUGAAACUGAGGUCGAGGUUGAUGGGUAACAUUUCAGCCAUUUGAUUCCAGCAGCUACAGGAAAAGGCUGCAAUGUUGUUGGUUGAUUGUUGGUCUUUCUGUGUGUUUACGCUGCAACAUGAGUGAAGUUUAAAGUCUUUCUUUUCUCUGGGAGAUAAAGGACUUUUUAUGUUUGUAAAAACUGGCUCUUUUUCACAGCUAAUAUGAAUUAUAAUCUUCUUUAAAAAAUAAUAUAAAAUCUGUGAACAGAGUUUAAUUGUUGACAUUGGAAAGAGCUCAGAGUUGUUAUCUAAUGGUUUCCUGACACCCCAGAAUCCCUGUAUUUCUUCACACACUUGAUUAAAACCAAAGUUAACAAUGAUCCUGCUGGAUGUUGAUAAUGUUCUCUGUUGACUGGCCACUGCACACUUAUUUCUGUCUUAUCUUGGCCACCCUAUUUUUUGGAUACGCUAUUAUGUAAGAAUUACUGACAUUUAAUGGUAAAGAUGGGCAUAGAAAUGACAUCAAAAGCCAAGGGUAGUUGUGAAUGGACAGUGGCCCUUAGUGGCCAAAAUUCUUCCAGACAUAAAGAUGUUUUCUGUCAUGUAUGUGGAUCCACAGUAUUUAAAUAUAAAUGACUCAUUCUAAGAGAAUAAUAACAUAACAGUAAUUUUUGUAAUGUUAUUAGAUAACAACUGAAACACAGUUUUUAAUGAUAUCUUAGAUUUUUCUUUCAUUGACCUUUGACCUUGUUAUAUGCUGCACCGUUAAAGAAGCAGCAGAAUAAUCAGUCAUGGGUUAACAGAGCGGUCACCAUACAGGCAACAAAGCGUAGCAACAAGCAGGUUUUUUUGACAAAGAAAUGAAAGUAAAGCUAGAUUUAUGCAAGGCUGAUUCUGCAAAAAUGACAAUAUUUCUUGUUUACAAAAACUUAUGAUUUUUCAGAGGUUUGUUGUUUUAGAUGGAAAAAAUGUGAUCUUUUGUGUCCUCCUUGUGAGUAGCUGUUAGCUUAGCGCCACCAUCAGAAUUCCGCCCUGAUUCCUCUCUCAAAGGACAAUUAAGACAUUGACAACCUAUAAAACCUGCACAAUGGGACAUUCACACAACUCCACCUAUAAAGAAGAAAAAAUAUCUUCUAAAAGAUUUCUGGUAUUGAGGAUACGGAGUAAUUAAUCAAAUCAGUUGUUAUUUUGUUCAAUUCCUCCUGCAAACAUAGUUUGAAUAGUGCAAGAUUCUGGGUCAAGAGUCAUGAUUGAUUUUUUUUUGGUCUCUAUUUUACAGCAUUCUCUACUGGGGACAGGUCAGGACUGCAGACAGGCCAGUCCAGGACCUGCACCUUCUUAUUCUGCAGCCACACCUUUAUAAUAUAUUCAGAAUGUGGUUUGCAUUGUCUCUAGUAAAAUCCAUGCAUGACCCUGGAGAAGACUUGGUCUUGAAGGCAACAUAUGUUGUUCUAAAAUCUCACUACUUUUCUGCAUUAAUGCUAAAUUAUCUUUGUCAAUGACACUGAUACAACCUCAUAUAAUCAGUCUGACUCCUUGAUUCAUUAUUAAUAACAGUCUAGGUGUUUAUUUUCAGCAGAAAUGGUGUCCAAUUCUUCUGUUUAAGAUCUGGACUACCAACUGGUCUGAAUUCAAUACGCAUUUCCAGCUGCGUGAUGGUCCGCCUCAAAUGUUCAUGCUGUAUCUGCUCAAGGUCAGCACAAGCCCUCUUUUUUCCACAGUCAGCUUUGAAGUGGCAUUGGUAAAUGUAACUCCAUGCUGUAGUGCUUGAUAAAUCUUUCCCACAGUAAUGUCUUGACCAUGUGCUUAUAUCAUCUACUGAUCAAUGAUGGGUCUUAGUGCAGAGCCAUCUGAGGGAUCAAAGAUCCUUGCAUCUCUUCCCUCUAGGCAAAAAAAUCUUACAGAAUCUCAGAGUGGGCAACCAUUCCUCCUAAACGGCCCCCAUUAAAACGUAGUUUUAUAAUGUGCUGAAGAUCUGAAAUGCAGGACUGGGUUUAUGUAGUUUGCAAAUACAUAAAGAUGGAAGGAAAUGUAAUAACAAAUUUUUUGUUCUUUUUCGUCUCCUCAGUUUUCCUCAUCAUCCCAUCUUUCCCUGAUUUCUGGGUUUUACUUCAAUUCAGAUAGAUUUUAGCACAAAAACAGCUUUUUAAGUUGCUAAAGGUGCUCAGCUUUGAUAUUAUAUAAAUCAGAGUGCAUUUGUGUCAUUAUUUUGAGAAGCAACUACAUUAUGAAAUGAUGGUUGUCAAAAGGUGCACAAUAAAUACACACUGAAGACAGAUUUUAAAUCUGAAAGGUCUUUUGUUUUUGGUGGCAUAUUAUGAUACAUGAUAUAAUAAAAGGCUUAUUAAUGUAUGUAAUCUUUUUAUUUAUUUUUACUGGUUUAAACACGUUGAAUGAACAUUACAUACUCAAAACUAUCUUUAAUCUAUGCCUGUAUGUUUUCAGAUAUGUAACUAACAACUCUGCCUUCUUUGAGAUAGUUUAGUCUGAGCUAGCUCUUCCUAAUGAACUCCAGAGUGUAUACCUUUGCUGACAACAUGAACUCAAACUCCCAUGCAGCCAGAAAUAGCCAAUCCCAGGUGGCAACUUAAGCUAGGGUCAAGGCUGGUUGUGCCUUCCUUUCCACUCUAGCAAAACAUGUAACUUUUAAACUUUUAAGUCUGAGUGAGAGUAAAAAGAAAAGGAAGUCUCUUCAAACCCAGUUA